AUGUCGGAGGAAAAAGUGCGUGUGUCGUGCCGUUUUCGUCCACUAAACGCGGCGGAGCAAAAUGCCUCCCUGUGCGUGGCCUUUGAAGGACCCAGACAUGUGAUCUGUAAGACAGCAAGGAAUCCGUGUUGGACCCAGCAGCUGGUGGCAAGUCCUCGUGGCGCGCUGACAGAUGACGCCUCUUCGUUGAGUGGGACUGUGGUGGCUUCAGAUUAUUACAAGUUUGCCUUUUCUCGCGUGUACGAACCCGACACGACGCAAAAACAGUUAUAUGACGAUGUUGCCUGCCCCAUUGUGGACGAUGUCAUGCAUGGGUACAACGGCACACUAUUGGUUUAUGGACAGACAGGGGCUGGAAAAACGCAUACAAUGUUUGGUUUGCAUUCCCCUCUAAGUGAGGAAUCCAGGUCGUUGAGUUUUAAUAUGCAUGAAAACGCUGCUGGUAUCGUACCUCGUGCGGUGCGACAACUUUUUUACGCCAUUCACAGUGCCGAGGAAGUGGUGGAGUUUGAGAUACGUGUGCAGUUUGUAGAAAUCUACAUGGAACGUGUGCGGGACCUUCUUAAUCCGACAGGAUGUAGUUUACAUGUGCGUGAGGACCCGGCUGGAUUCUACGUUGAAAAUUGCGAAAUGCCGUACGUGACAAGUACGGAAGAAGUGCUGCAACUUGUUCAUAGUGGGCUGCGUCGGCGCGUAACCGCUGCAACAACCAUCAACGACGCCAGUAGCCGUAGUCACUGCGUUCUGAACAUUGUAGUGAAGAGUGUCAAUCAGGCGAAGCACGAGGCAACCAUUGGGAAACUAUUCCUUGUGGACCUUGCGGGGUGUGAAAAGGUGUCGAAGACAUUGGCCGACGGUCU